UUCCACAGCGGGCCCAGUCCGAGUCAGUGUCAUUCAGAGAGGCGGACUGCUGAGUGCUGGGCGCGGACGCGCGGCUGCAGUCCUGCUCGGGCGCCGGUGCCUGCGCUCGCGCCGCCGGGUGGGAAGGAUGAAGCCUCAGCAGGAGCAGCCACCCUAUGAUUGGCUGUGGCGCUUGUGAACCCGAAGUAAAGAUGGCGGGCGAGCAGGCAGCCGCCGCACUGCCCACUUGGAAGAUGGCGGCUCGCCGCAGCCUCAGUGCCCGCGGCCGGGGGGUCCUGCAGGCAGCUGCGGGCCGGCUGCUGCCGCUGCUCCUGCUGAGCUGCUGCUGCGGCGCGGGCGGCUGCACAGCGGCCGGCGAGAACGAAGAGACCGUGAUCAUCGGGCUGCGGCUGGAGGACACGAACGACGUGUCGUUCAUGGAAGGGGGUGCGCUGCGGGUGAGCGAGCGGACCCGGGUCAAGCUGCGGGUGUACGGGCAGAACAUCAACAACGAGACGUGGUCCCGCAUCGCCUUCACCGAGCACGAGCGGCGCCGGCACACACCCGGCGAGCGCGGGCUGGGGGGCCCCGCGCCUCCGGAGCCGGACAGCGGCCCCCAGCGCUGCGGCAUCCGCACCUCAGACAUCAUCAUCUUGCCCCACAUCAUUCUCAAUCGCCGCACAUCGGGCAUCAUCGAGAUCGAGAUCAAACCGCUGCGCAAGAUGGAGAAGAGCAAGUCUUAUUACCUGUGCACGUCUCUUUCCACGCCCGCACUGGGCGCCGGCGGCUCCGGGUCUGCGAGUGGCGCCGUCGGGGGCAAGGGUGGCGCGGGGGUGGCCGGACUCCCACCUCCCCCAUGGGCCGAGACCACCUGGAUUUACCACGACGGUGAGGACACCAAGAUGAUCGUGGGCGAGGAGAAGAAGUUCCUGCUGCCCUUCUGGCUGCAAGUGAUCUUCAUCUCGCUGCUGCUGUGCCUGUCAGGCAUGUUCAGCGGCCUCAACCUGGGGCUCAUGGCUCUGGACCCGAUGGAGCUGCGCAUCGUGCAAAACUGCGGCACCGAGAAAGAGAAGAAUUACGCCAAGCGCAUCGAACCGGUGCGCAGGCAGGGCAACUACCUGCUGUGCUCGCUGCUGCUGGGCAACGUGCUGGUCAACACCACGCUCACCAUCCUGCUCGACGACAUCGCGGGCUCAGGCCUUGUGGCGGUGGUGGUCUCCACCAUUGGCAUCGUCAUCUUCGGGGAAAUCGUGCCCCAAGCCAUUUGCUCCCGACACGGCCUGGCAGUAGGGGCUAACACCAUCUUUCUCACCAAGUUUUUCAUGAUGAUGACCUUCCCCGCUUCUUACCCGGUUAGCAAACUGCUGGACUGCGUCCUGGGCCAGGAGAUAGGCACUGUCUAUAACCGGGAAAAGCUGCUGGAGAUGCUCCGGGUCACUGACCCCUAUAACGACCUCGUUAAAGAGGAACUGAACAUCAUCCAAGGGGCUCUGGAGCUCCGCACCAAGACGGUAGAGGACGUGAUGACUCCCCUCCGGGACUGUUUCAUGAUCACCGGCGAGGCUAUCUUGGACUUCAACACCAUGUCCGAAAUCAUGGAGAGUGGCUACACGCGAAUCCCAGUGUUCGAGGGAGAGCGUUCCAACAUCGUGGACCUGCUCUUUGUCAAAGACUUGGCCUUCGUGGACCCAGAUGACUGUACUCCCUUGAAAACCAUCACCAAAUUUUACAACCACCCCUUGCACUUCGUCUUCAAUGACACCAAGUUGGACGCUAUGCUGGAAGAAUUUAAGAAAGGUAAAUCUCACCUGGCCAUUGUGCAGCGAGUGAACAAUGAGGGUGAAGGGGACCCGUUUUAUGAAGUUCUGGGAAUUGUCACCUUGGAAGACGUGAUUGAAGAAAUCAUCAAAUCUGAAAUCUUGGAUGAGACAGACCUGUACACCGACAACAGAACGAAAAAGAGAGUGGCCCACCGUGAAAGAAAGCAAGACUUCUCUGCCUUUAAGCAGACGGACAGCGAGAUGAAGGUUAAAAUAUCACCGCAGCUUCUCCUGGCCAUGCACCGUUUCCUAGCAACAGAAGUAGAAGCGUUUAGCCCAUCCCAGAUGUCAGAGAAGAUCCUCCUAAGGCUGCUAAAGCACCCCAAUGUCAUCCAGGAGCUGAAGUAUGAUGAGAAGAACAAGAAAAGCCCCGAGUGCUACCUCUACCAGCGCAACAAACCCGUGGACUACUUCGUCCUUAUCCUGCAGGGGAAAGUGGAAGUAGAAGCUGGGAAAGAAGGUAUGAAGUUUGAAGCAAGUGCUUUUUCAUACUAUGGUGUAAUGGCCCUCACAGCCUCUCCAGUUCCUUUGUCCCUGUCCCGAACCUUUGCUGUCAGCAGGACAGAGGUGUUAGCAGCAGGCUCUCCAGGUGAAAAUAAGUCACCUCCUCGCCCCUGUGGCCUGAACCACUCAGACUCUCUCAGCCGAAGUGACCGGAUUGACGCCAUGACACCAACCUUGGGGAGCAGCAACAACCAGCUCAAUUCUUCAUUCCUCCAGGUCUACAUCCCUGAUUACUCAGUGCGAGCCCUCUCUGACCUGCAGUUUGUCAAGAUCUCCAGACAGCAAUACCAAAAUGCCUUGAUGGCAUCCCGGAUGGACAAAACCCCUCAGUCUUCAGACAGUGAAAACACUAAAAUUGAAUUGACUCUUACGGAGCUGCAUGACGGGCUGCCGGACGAGACGGCCAACUUGCUCAACGAACAGAACUGUGUCUCGCACAACAAGACCAACCACAGCCUGCACAGUGACGGCGCCAUCUAGAGCCCCUCGGUCCCCUCAUCCGGCCUCCUGGCCUGUCUGACCAUGACUUCUACUAGUGUGAGCUUGUCUGCCAUGCUGCGUCCUACAGCAAUGAGACCAAAGACUUUGCCCCUUUCCCUGGAGGCCGCAGAGGACGGCAAGCUGCGGAGGACAGCAUGGGUAGGGAUGGAAACUAGACACGUGACAUCGACAGCUGGGGCAUGGCUUUCAAGAAUUCGGAGACAAACUUCUUCUGCCCAAAUAGAAUCAUGUUUAUUUUUUCAGUACCUUUUACCAUUUCUUUCCUUCCUCAAUGUGCAUGAAUUUAAAAAUUAUUUCAUUUAUUUUUUUUUCAAGA